UGCCAAUGGGUCCCUAUGGGUCUCAAUGGGUUCUACGGGUGCCAAUGGAUCCCAUUGAGUUCUAUUGAGUUCUACGGGUGCCCAUGGGUCUCAAUGGGUGCCCAUGGGUGCCAACAUCUUCCCACCCCCUCAUUUCCGCCCCAAUCUCAGGCCCUCUCCGAGCAGCUCAGCCCCUCAGACCUUUCCCAAGGCCGCCUUUACCCGCCCUUAUCCAACAUCCGCGAGGUCUCCAUCUCCAUCGCCAUCAAGGUGAUGGAAUUCCUCUACGCCAACGGCAUGGCUUUCCACUACCCAGAACCCCCCGAUAAACCCAGCUACGUCCGCUCCAAAGUCUGGAGCUACGAAUACGAAUCGUUCGUCCCCGACGUUUAUGACUGGCCACACUCCACUGUGCACUGAACGCCUUCAACACUCCGUCUGCAACGAUUUCGCCCUUUUUGGCCCCGUUUCGUUGUCUUCCAAUCUGAUUUUUAGUUUAAAAAUUCUAUUUUUGGGGUUUA